AUGGCUUUUGUGCCUGGUACGGCGCUCACACCAGCUGCUUGUGCUUCACCAAGACUUGAGCCAUCGCCACGCUCUCAAGUCUAUGUUUACAGAGAUUUUCCUCAAACAUUACAGAUCCCUUUCUAUAAUCCAUCUCCUAAAGAUGAUCAAAUGACCAUGCUACCCUUCACACCCUCACUGCCGUUUCAAAAUGCCAAUUGUGCUGUGAUCAAAUCUGUUAUGUAUUUCCAGAUACUGGUAGCCGAGUGUAUGUGCAGUUCUGCCGGCCGGCAGCCAUUUCCGCGUGCACUACGCGGGGCUGGUGGUCGUCACGAUGCGCCCGAGUCCGAUGAAAAUUGAGGUCGUUAGUUGUCGUAAAUGAGACCGUCUAUGCCGGUGUUGUCAUACUCAUCUUCGGCCUGAGCUGUGCAGCCAAAUCUUCCUUGGUAGUGACCAUCUCCUUGGGAAUGCGAGACACGCGGUAGGCACCUUCUCGCACAGCAUGUGACUGCAUCGCCGAAAUGCCAGAUCUUGCACUGCGACCGCUGCGAAUGCUGCCCGCGUCGUUUGGUGACAACAUUGGGUCCCGGAGCUUAGAUGGUGGUGCAAAGUCCAAAGCUGUGAAUGUACCCGACUUCCUAAGAUCGUGUGGCGAUGGAAGCACCGCCAAGUUCUCGAAAGAUGAUGCCAGUGGUGUGAAAGCUCGCACACUGGGGCUGUAAGGUCUUGCUACCCCGAGAGGCGAAUCUGGUCGUCUGCCGUUCUGAAACUCACGGAAUGAGCUGGGAGGAGCAAAGUCGAUGGGGCUGUAUACCACAUCUUCUUCUCUGAGCUUGUGAGGUGUUGGCAAGCUGUGGAGCGCUGCUGGCGGCGGCAACUUCUUCUUUGGCACAGAGCGGCCUCGUGGUCGACCACCAGACAGGGUAGAUGCGUGUCUGUCGUGGAAGUUGAGCGUGGAAUUGCCGCUGACUCUCGG